AUUUCAUUUUCAAUCCCAUUCGUUUCAGUUAUAACUUAUAACUUAAGCAUAAGGCUAUUUCUUCUUGUAUUUUGUUUCUCAUUUCUACAUUUUAUAAAUUGGUGCCCUUUCUUGUCUGUGUAUAUUCUAGGCCAAAAUUUUUUGCUUUUUGUCUAAAAAAGAUUGGUUUUUGUUCCUUAUAUUCUUCCUCCUCCUUGCUAUGGAAUGAGAAAACUUGGACACUAUCACAAGUGUGUUGCCUUGCUCUUUAUUUUGAUAUUCUAUUCUAUGAAGAUUUAUGUUCUGUUCUGUGAAAGAAAAUGCAUAGAAAUUUAGUUGUUAACCCUUUUGAAAAUUGAAGCCUCUUGUGUUCUCUGCUUUUUCUACAUAAGUUUAGUUUUCCAAUGCAUAGUUUAUGGAUUAAAUUAAUGUCAGGAGCCUCAGAGUUUGAUGUUGUCAAUGUGAUUCUUGAGGAGGGACCAAUCAUCCUACAUAUUUUUAGUAUAUUCUAUCACUUGGUUUCACAUCUGGGUUUCAAACCCAUUCAUAUAGCUUCCGGCAGCAUUUGAGCCAGUACUAUAGGUACCAGCUUGGAACAUUAAGUUGUAAAUUCUAUAAUACUUCUACUUGAGAGAAUCUUCAGGAUUAUGUGUACAAUUGACUAUUAUUAUAGAACUAAGAAUAUCAUGUCAGAUCUAGAAUGAAGGAGGAAAGAAUCUGAUACGUUAGUUUCCAUCUGAUGAUAUUUUGGUUCAAGAACUGAGAGAGAUGGGGUGUUGUGUUUCAACAAGCAGUAAGAGCAGUUGUAGUAGUAAGAGCAAUGGAGACUCAGACUCUCCAUCUUGUUUAGAAAUCGGUUUCUGUGGUCAAAAGAAAGCAAGGAGAACAUUCUCUGAUCAUGUUGUUUCUCUGCAUCAGUUAUCAUCCUUACCAAACAGGAUUUUCUCCAAUGGAAAGAGCCGGUCUUCUUGCAUAUUUACGCAGCAGGGCCGUAAGGGUGUUAAUCAGGAUGCCAUGAUUGUAUGGGAAGAUUUCAUGGCAGAAGAUGUGACCUUCUGUGGUGUAUUUGAUGGCCAUGGUCCUCAUGGUCACCUUGUUGCACGCAAAGUUAGGGAUUCCCUGCCUAUCAAACUUCUUUCUUUUUUGCAUUCCGGUGAAUCGAGGCGAAACGGAUCAGGGAAAGCUUCUUUCAAAGGGAAUAUAAAGCCUGACACUGAAGAGUCUGAGAAAGAUUGCUCUGAUGAGGAUAAACUACAUUCCAUGUGGAGAGAAGCUUUCAUGAAGGCAUAUAAGGCCAUGGACAAAGAGCUGAGGUCUCAUCCGAAUCUGGAUUGUUUCUGUAGUGGGAGCACGUCUGUAACUAUAGUGAAGCAGGGAUCAAAUCUGUUCAUGAGCAACAUAGGGGAUUCCCGAGCAAUCAUGGGAUCCAAGGACAGCAAUGACUCCAUGGUGGCAAUUCAGUUGACAAUUGAUUUGAAACCUGAUUUGCCAAGGGAAGCUGAAAGAAUCAAAAGGUGCAAGGGCAGGGUAUUUGCCUUGCAAGAUGAACCAGAAGUUCCAAGGGUGUGGUUACCUUUUGAUGAUGCACCUGGAUUAGCAAUGGCUAGAGCAUUUGGCGAUUUUUGUUUGAAGGAUUACGGUGUCAUUUCUAUACCAGAAUUUUCUCACCGGCUUCUUACAGACAAAGACGAGUUCAUUGUUCUUGCCUCGGAUGGAGUCUGGGAUGUGUUAAGCAAUGAAGAGGUGGUUGAGAUAGUAUCCACGGCACCAACUCGAGCAUCAGCAGCAAGGGUUCUGGUGGAUUCUGCGGCCCGAGAGUGGAAACUCAAAUAUCCCACGUCAAAGAUGGAUGAUUGUGCUGUUGUAUGCCUUUUUUUGGAUGGUAAAAUGGAUGUGGAAUCUGAUUGUGAUGAGCAAUGCUAUUCUUCUGCAACAAUCCAAAGCAACCAUUCGGGUAAUCCAGUUGAGUCAGAUGACGGUCAAACGACCGAGCCUUCUUUGCAAAGGAACUUCACUGUACGAACCUCGGAAGAAAAACAAACCUAUGGAGGAAUAUCUGUUGAUGGUGAGGAUGGAGCUUCAGCAGCAGCAGCAGCAGCUGAAGAUCAAAAUUGGUCGGGUUUGGAAGGUGUCACCCGAGUAAACUCAUUGGUCCAACUUCCUAGAUUUUCUGAGGAAAAGCAAAAGCAAGCCUCAUAGAAUAUUUAUUGGUUUGGUGAGAACAUUUCAUUGUAAUACCUUUGUCAAAACAGGGAAUUCAAGGAGGAAAAUCUUUCAGUGGUUU